CGUAAUCCUUACGUCAAACGCGCAACAACAUAUUAGUCAGAAUUUGGAGUUGAAAGUUUGACGAGCUAAUUUAUGAUAUAGUUUCUAUAAAUAUGUUUUAAUUUAUAAUAUUUUGUUUAUACAAAACCCGGGCGAGCUAGGGGGCUGUUUGAAGAAUAGUCGACCCUUGUUUUGUUAAACUUACGGUAUUCCCCACACUUAUGGUGCUGCUCAGGGCUGCAUGUGUUGUUCUUUUCCGAAGCAGGACUCUCUCAACUAUGGCACAGCACAAAUUCAUCGAUAUCGGUGUGAACCUGACAGAUCCAAUGUUCCGAGGGCUCUACAGAGGCAAGCGGAAACAUGACGACGACUUUGAUCACAUCAUCGACAGAGCUGUCAAAGCGGGUGUUGAAAAGUUCAUGAUCACCGGAGGAAGCCUGCAGGACAGCCGGGAGGCCCUCAAACUGGCCGAGACCAGAGGCGACUUCUACUGUACCGCCGGCUGCCACCCGACCCGCUGCGGCGAGUUCGAAGAAGGCGGAGCCUCUGAGUACCUGUCAGAGCUGAGGCGGCUGGCGACGGAGCACAGAGGAAAGGUGGUCGCCAUCGGAGAGUGCGGACUAGAUUUUGACAGGUUAGAAUUCUGCCCCAGAGAGACGCAGCUCAAGUACUUUGAGAAGCAGUUUGAGCUGGCGGAGGAGACCAAGCUGCCCAUGUUCCUCCACUGUCGCAACGCACAUCAGGACUUUGUGGACAUCAUGAGGAGGAAUCGAGAUAGAUGUGUGGGGGGUGUGGUUCACUCGUUCGAUGGGAGCGCAAAGGAUGCCGCCGCCCUCAUCGACCUGGACCUCUACAUCGGGAUAAACGGAUGUUCCUUGAAAAGCGAGGCCAACAUUGAAGCCAUGAAGUCCAUUCCCACUGAGAGACUCAUGAUAGAAACCGAUGCGCCGUGGUGCGGCGUGAAGAACACGCACGCAGGCUCCAAGUACGUCAAAACAACUUUCCCGACCAAGAAGAAAUGGGAGGCGGGGCACUGUCUGAAGGACAGGAACGAGCCGUGUCACAUCACACAAGUGCUGGAGGUCAUGGCCGCAGCCAGGGAGGAAGACCCUGGAGAACUUUCCGGCACCAUCUACAACAACACCAUGCAUGUGUUUUUCUCAUCCACCCGAUGACACUGGAUCUCCGGUGGACUUUUAGAGGCGAGUCGCGUGCCGACGUGAUGGACGAAGCAAGAAAAUGAAGUUUGUUGAGCGUUUUUAAUGAACUUGUGCACACAGAUUGCAAUAAAUACUGUCUUCAGUUCAAAUGCAUGUCACUGCAAACAGGGCAACGUCCAAACAGCACAGGAAGUUUUGUCCUGAAAAGUCCGCAGAGCUUCUUCAGUGCAGUCUGGUCACUCUGAGGUAGAACUGGACUGGGGGCGCGGGGGUGUCAUGGCUAGUUGAUGAUAUCAGUGUUUUGGGAGGGGGGGCUCCUUAGGGAGAACCGCAUCAACGUCCUGUUUUAGAACUGUUGUAUUUUAACAUUUGGACUGCAGUAUCCAUUUGAAGCGCAACAGUUUAGAAGAAAUGAGUCAUGAUUGUGUCAGGAAAGUAAAAUAACACGUCUGCAGGCCACAAAAGACCAGAGAGGGGUUGGACGUGGUCUAGGACAGGGUGAUGCCGAUUCCAAAGCCAAACACGGCACACAGCGUCAUGGCCAAGGGGAAGGAGAUUCCCCAACAUGUAUCUCGAAUCUUCCUCCGUGUGCAUGAGCCCGUCCCCACUGUGGCCCUGGGCGGCACGUUGGCCUGCUCCGCCACCAUCUUCAUCCUAUCGGAGAGCGUGCACAGGUUCAUUUUGACGUCCUCCCACUCCUGGCGGAGCGCGGCCACACCCUGCGCCUCUUGGCGGAGCCUCCUCGACUCCUGCCGGAAGACUUUUAUUUCUCUUUGCAUCACGUUGUUCACUUCCUGGCGCAGGGCCUCCAAGUCCCUUUGGGUCUGCUCCCUGAUCUCCAGGCGGAAAGCCUCCAUGUCCUGCGGGUUCAUUCCCAAGGUUUUCUGCACCUCUUGGCGGAGAUUCUUGGCUUCCUGGCGGACCACCUUGGCUUCUCGAUGCGUCUGGGUCACAGCAUUCACCACGUCCUGGCGGAGAGCCUCGAUGUCCCUCUGGGUCUGAGCGCUGAUGUCCUGCACGUUUUGGCGGAGGGCGCUAAAUUCUGCCAUGGCCUCAACCUUCAUGGUGGCUUCCAUCCUUGUUGCCCGCGCCAACUCUAGAAGAAACCCUGCGUGUCUGCUGUGUGUGGGCGCAUCUUAGCUCCUUACGCCUGUCGCUGAGAGCCAUACAAAGUACAACCGCUCUGUUUUGUGUCACAUGACCAAAGACAAAACAGAUGAUGAGCUGCUGUGUGAUGUCAUGUCAUGGACUGGCUGUCAUGGCAACCACAGCUCUGGCAAUGGCUUUCUUAGUAGCGUAGUGACCGUGCUUCUAAUCAGACGGCAUCAUGUUUUCUUAAAUAUUAAAAUACACCAAAAAUCCAGGUUGUCCCAUGUAACAAACAACACAUCUACAAAAUAUUGCUCCAACAGUAACUUUUACAAGGUCUCCGCCCCCCCGGGAAUGAUCGCCAAAUGAAACGAAUGACUUUUUCCUCCGUUCAUUAUUCUUAUUUGUAUGUAACGUCAAUGCAAGGUUCCACUAUACCGUAUACCGAUUGAUAUCAGAUGUCGAUCGAAUACCAGGAAAUAAAAAAGAAUCGUAUCCGCCUGCUUAUAAAAUCUCCCGAUAUAACCACUAGUUAUGUGCGGGUCGAUCCUGAAACAUUGAUACUUCCCAUACCAGCUCUUCAUGUGCUGAAAUUGAGUCCCUUAUCAAAAUAUUGAUACUUUCGAUACGUCAGUCAUCUGUUGAAAUGAUCGAUCGUAAACGGAACCACGAAUUGUCAAUAAAGUUUUCAUUCUUAAAGUAGUUAUAAUUUAUCAUUCAUUUUAAUGUUUUUAUUAUUUUACUUAUGAUAGUUUUUGUCAAUAUACUUCAGGGUUUAAAAUAAAUACAUCACUUAAAUGAAUAAUUCUAUUAUUAAUUUAAAUGUAUUCUAACUAAAUAAUAUAGUUAAUUAAUAAUGAAAUGUCUUGUAUUCUUUAUGCUAUGAUAUGAAACGGCCUACCUUUUAAAAUUUACACAUUAGGUGAAUUACCCGUAUCAGAUGGGUAUCGCCGAUACCGGCCUUAAUUACACUCAGUAACGGAUCGGAAACGAUAUCACUGGUGUUGCACAUCACUAACCCAUCCAUCUUCUAUGCCGUCGUUUAUCCUCACUAGGGUCACGGGCAUGUUGGAGCCUAUCCCAGCUGACUUGGUGCGAGAGGCGGGGCACACCCUGGACUGGUCGCCAGCAUCGCUAACCCAGAUAUAAGAAAUAUGACACUGGUGCACUUGUAAUCAUUCGUGCUCUUACUUUGAAAAUGAAAAAAAAAACAUGUUUUUUUCAUUGACUGGUGAUUUAAUUUUAUGUUAUAUGAAAUUACAAUAAAAAUCAAAGCAUUUUUUUGAGAUGUAGUUAUUGCUUUUUGACACUGAAGACGAAGAACGCUUUGAACUUCAGUUUUAUUUUCUGUAUUUCAAAAUGAAAUUCAAGUAAACAAACCAGUUUUGUUUUCCCGUUCACGAAAACAAAAUAUUAAAUGACCAAAAGUUACAGGGACCCUCUAACUACGAAAAUAUUCCAUUUAUUUAUACAGUGUUCCCUCGUUUAUCGCGGGGAGAGGUUCCCGAAAUAGCCCGCAAUAAGUGAAAUCUGCGAAGUAGCCAACUUUAUUUGUUUCCAAUAAUUCUGUAUGUUUUAAGGCUGUAAAACCCUCACCACACACUUCAUUCACUUUUCUCAGACAGGCAUGAACAUUUUCUCACAUUUUUCUCUUGUUUAAACACUCUCAAAGUUCAUUUCGUUUGAAUCUUAAUGAUCAACCUACUUGGUUUGACCCUUGCGUAUUUCACUCCUCUGACUGUGCAUCAUCCUGGCGCCGUUCGGCUGUAGCGUUUUUGUAUCCUUGUUAAAACAAAGGAGAUUGUCUGUACACCAUUGUCAGUCAAUCAGGACACAGAACACAGUGGGUGGGUUUUCCCUUAGCCAAUAAGGACUGUUGUGGCUCUAUAUUUAGCCGGCUAUUGUCUACUGUGGGUUUCUAAUAUGCUCGUACAGGCACGUAAACACGUAGUAAGACCAGGUGGAGGGACGACAUCUCUUUACUCCAGCUGGACGGGACUUCAACUAUCACAUGAGCAUACAACAGCCUCUACUGGUAGCAGUAGCAAAUAGAAUAACAGACACAUAUGGCAGAGCACCGAUACAUCGCUCGAAUACACCAGAAGGACGCAGAACACGAUGCUCAUUCAUACGCUGCUAAAAGUACAUGGAAAAUUGCACUUAAAAAAAAAUGCAAAACAGCGAGUCCGUGAAAGGUGAACCGCGAUGUAGCGAGGGAACACUGUCUUGAAUCCUACUUUGCAGAAAUUUACUUACUGCAGUUGGGCCGCUACACCGUUUACUAGGGGUGCCCCCAUUAAUAUCAGGUUAUCGAUCCAAUAUCAGCAAAAAAAAAAAACCAACCCAAAAACGGAUUAUAUCCGCCGGCUUCUAAAAUCUCCCAAUAUAACCACUUCAGGUACAAGCAUUCCAUUCCAGACUCCGCUCUAGCACUUCUGGACCCCUUCAACACAAAAUAAAUAUUAUUCAUUUCUUUUGUGGCGUGUAAAACUAAGACGGCGACGGCAUCAAAUUAAAAUCAUAAAAUGAAUACAGGCCCACCAUCCACCAGUACAAGGCUGGAGUUUGUUUCCCAGAGAGAAGAUGAUAACGUCACUGUUUGAUGUGGCUAGCAUGUGCUUGCAUGAAUUCACUUGGUGGACAGGACCAAUAUUUACAUUAGCGCUCAAUAAAUAUUUAUAACGUCAUCAAACCUGACCUUUAUGCAUUCCCACACAGUAUCAGCAUUUGGGGGCAAACAUGAAGUGAAAGACAAAGGGUAAAAAUACAGCGUAGUACUUGUAGUCUAUCUGUACAGCAUGGGACAAAGUUACAUGGUGCGUUCAAGGACCGGCGAACAAAGUGGUACGGCUCGCCGCCUGCAACAACCAACAUAAACAUGCAAAAGCUUUCUAACGGUGUAUAUAUAUUUUUUAAUAUAUAGUAUAUAUUAGUUUCCCGUGGCCCGGUUUGGCCCCGCCCACGGACCAGUACUGGUUGGAGACCCCAGUUCUUUAUGACAGCAGCGCUCUGAUGUGUUUAAGGACCUGCUGCAAAACACCAGCUUUAGAUCCUUUAUAAUGUAAGAGUGCACCGCUGCAGGGGUGCUCUAGUGUUUUCAGGAAUCCACAGCAAAAAUGUUGGACUGAACUCGCGGGCUUAAGACACAUCAGAAUUGACACUUCCUAAGUAGGGAUGCACGAUAUAAGGGAAUUAUGACCUCAUACUGAUAAAUCCAAUAAAAAGCUCCCAUAAACAAUAAUUUCAAAAAAGAACGCUCCAAUGAGUUGAGAUUACCCGUACGCUGUGAGGGUGAGUAAAUCAAGCACUCCUUUUUUCUCCUGCCGGUGACAUUAACGGCCUGUUGUUACUUCCCCUGAGCUUACCUGUAAACAAACAUUCACCGCUUCAGAGACAUUUUGUGUGUACCAAAUGCUCCGCAAUGAGGGGAAAAAAAAAACAUCGAGCACACAAAAAACUUAUCAGCCACGUAGCUACCGCAACUGGGGCAUAAAAAGUGCAAAAGGUUUGCCAGAGACCUCUGUGGAUUCACACCGGCUGCUCGGAGCGUGUGCCUGAAUACAGUGCACCUUG